AUGUUUAACUACGAACGUCCAAAACACUUCCUUCAAUCCCAAAAUCCAUGUGGCUCCAGACUGCAGCCUCCCGGACCGGAAACCUCCAGCUAUUCUAGCCAGACCAAACAGUCUUCCAUUAUCAUCCAGCCCCGCCAAUGCACAGAGGAAAGAUUUUCUGCCUCCUCAACAGUGAGCUCUCACAUCACCAUGUCCUCCUCUGCUUUCCCUGCUUCUCCCCAGCAGCAUGCUGGCUCCAACCCAGGCCAAAGGGUUACAGCCACCUAUAACCAGUCCCCAGCCAGCUUCCUCAGCUCCGUAUUACCAUCACAGCCUGAUUAUAGUAGCAGUAAAAUCCCUUCCAAUGUGGACUCCAACUAUCAACAACCUUCAUUUGGCCAACCUGUAAAUGCUAAACCAUCCCAAAGUGCAAAUGCUAAGCCCACCCCAAGGACUCCUGACCACGAAAUACAAGGAUCAAAAGAAGCUCUGAUUCAAGAUUUGGAGAAAAAGCUAAAAUGCAAGGACAGCCUUCUUCAUAACGGAAAUCAACGGCUAACAUAUGAGGAGAAGAUGGCCCGCAGACUGCUAGGACCACAGAACGCAGCUGCUGUAUUUCAAGCUCAAAAUGAUAGUGAGGCACAAGACUCACAACAGCACAGCUCAGAACACGCACGACUGCAAGUUCCUACAUCACAAGUAAGAAGUAGAUCGUCUUCAAGGGGAGAUGUAAAUGAUCAGGAUGCAAUCCAGGAGAAAUUUUACCCACCUCGUUUCAUUCAAGUGCCAGAGAACAUGUCAAUUGAAGAAGGAAGAUUCUGCAGAAUGGAUUUCAAAGUAAGCGGACUGCCAGCUCCUGAUGUGUCAUGGUAUCUGAAUGGAAGACCAGUUCAAUCAGAUGAUUUUCACAAAAUGAUAGUGUCUGAAAAGGGUUUUCAUUCACUCAUCUUUGAAGUGGUCAGAACUUCAGAUGCAGGUGCUUAUGUGUGUGUUGCCAAGAAUAGAGCAGGAGAAGCCACCUUUACUGUGCAGAUGGAUGUCCUGGCAAAAGAACAUAGAAGAGCACCAAUGUUUAUCUACAAACCACAGAGCAAAAAAGUUUUUGAGGGAGACUCAGUGAAGCUAGAAUGCCAAAUCUCAGCUGUACCUCCACCAAAGCUUUUCUGGAAAAGAAAUAAUGAAAUGGUACAAUUCAACACUGAUCGAAUAAGUUUGUAUCAUGAUAACUCUGGAAGAGUUACUUUACUGAUAAAAGAUGUAAACAAGAAAGAUGCUGGGUGGUAUACUGUGUCUGCAGUUAAUGAAGCUGGAGUGACGACAUGUAACACAAGAUUAGAUGUUGCGGUCCGUCAACACCAAACUCUUCCAGCUCCUAAGCUGUUACGUGUUCGACCAACUUUCAGCAAAUACUUAGCACUUAAUGGUAAAGGUCUGGAUGUGAAACAAGCUUUUAACCCUGAAGGAGAAUUUCAGCGUCUGGCAGCUCAAUCUGGACUUUACGAAAGUGAAGAACUUUAA